AUGCUACAAGCAAAUUUCUUUAGAUUCCAAUAGAUGAGAGUAUUCAAAAAUUCAUAAAAUUAUAUCAUGUUCAUUUAAAAGACCCUUUAUUUAAUUUUAAAUUGGAUAAAUAAUAAUAAAUUUGCUAAUGUUCAAUCCUUAAUUAUUAAUUAUCACAAUUUAUAAAAAAAGGUGAAUAUAAUAUCUCAGAUUUAUUUUACGCACUUCAUGUUGAUGGCAAUUUUAAACCAUAUUUCAAAUAUUUAAAAAUAAGUUAUGUUAAAAUUGUUGAAAAGAACUUUACUUAAUAUUAUUGUGUUGUCAAAAAAUGGCACUCCAUCUCUAUAUAAGGAAUAAUAUGAGAAAUAAUAAUUAAAACUAAAGCAGGCUUCACUCGAAUAAGUGGAUAUUGCUUAUAUUUGAUGAUAUGAAUUUUAUAUUAUCUCCAAUUAUAAAGAGACUGCAACAUUUCUUAAUUCCAAAACAAAUCUAUCAUUUCUUAUAUGUAGAAUAGCUUAAACAGAUUAUGAUCUUAUUUAAUUUGUAGGAGAUUUAUCUAGAUAAGAUUUUCCAGAACAAUUUUAAAAAGGGAUAAAUAAAUUAUUCCAAAAAAUCUUUUAUGAUCAGUAUUUUUACAAAGUAAAAGUGCUAAGAAAAAUACUUGAGUAAAUUUGUAAUGAUAGUAGAAUUGAUGUGUAAAAUAUAAUAUAAAGUUCUUGUGAGUUGAAUUAAGGUAUUGAAUAAUUAUAAUUAAAACCCUAUUACCAGUUUAAUAUGAACCAAUUUUGCUUCAUUGGUAUUAGAACUAAAUGAAUAAAUAACUGAUAAAUUAAAAACAUAAAAUGAUAGAUAACAGAGUUAUUUGGAACUGCUCUAGCGAAUGAAUUAAAUUAGCUCAAAUCUACUUUAACAUCUAAAAGGUUAGCCAUACUUAAAGUAAUAGUUUGUGACAUAGAAUAACAAACACUUCAAUAGAAUUUAGAAUAAUUAUAAGUUCAAUAAGAAUAAGGAUUAAUUAAAAAUAUUUCAUAAUUAUUGGAAGAUUAUUCUGUUUAUAUUAAUCUAGUUUAUUUAUGCAAUAAUCAUUUGAAAAAUAAAAAUGCAAAUCUUCCUCCAUAUUUGAGUGCUAUUUCUUAAAUAUGUUUGUAGAUUUUAUAAGAUAUUAACUUAACUUAAACAUCAAAUAGCAUUUAUGAAAUAUUUGCUAAAUAACUUGAUGAAACUUUGUGUUUUAAUUCUUUCUAAGUUGAAAGCGAUGCUUAAAGAGCUUAUAGAUCACAAAUAAAAAGACAAUAUUAUUAAUAAAAAUUAACAAUAUAGGAUCAGGAUUUAGCAAUCAAAUUGCAGAGACUCCAACUUAAUUGA